GCCUUUUCCAUGGAGAAAAAUAUGUUCAAUUAUAACAAGAGAAUCAAGACAUGGCACGAUGAGUCUUUUGAUCCCUCACCACAUCCAUCGUCACUCCUUUACUUUUGAAUCCAGACUUAUAUCACGCGUCGACGUCGAUCCCUCAAGUACUACUACUAAUUGCACUCCAAUUGAGUGGUCUAGAACUUCCUAAUACAGCAUAAAUCAUAAUUCUCGCUCGUUGACUGUUUCUAACUUUCUGUCCCCACUAAUUGUCAACUCGUGUCCGAAAAUUGUCAUUACAUCUGAUUCAACAUUGAAACACCAUAUCCAUGCCUUUCACCCACGACACAAGUCCUACCGAUACUUCCACCGCUCCCACCGAGACCGAGACAGACCUUGACUUCAGUCCUCCGAGAGACUGGCAUGUUGUAGCCGUAGCUGUGACCGUUUGCAUUGUCGGUGUAUUCCUGUUUGCACUCAUUACAUGGCUUCUUCUACGCCUGCGUCGCAGACCAGCCGAUGAAGUUGAUCCAUCUUUAUCCCCCCGCAUACGGCGCAUCUUCACAUUAGAUAAUACUCGACUCUCGAUUGAGUCCAAGUUCAGUUUCAGGCGGAAACCGUUGCGGGUGGCUCACCAGCAGGACGAUGGCUCUUGGGACUUUUCAGACCCAGACCCGACGCAAAUAUACAUACCCCCCGCUCCGAAGUGUCAGCUCUCCCCAGUGUGCACACUACCACGCUCCAAUCGCUCUAGCAUAUACAAGGGCGAAAUGUCCCCAACUCACUCAGACCUUGAGGCUCCUCCACCUGCUUACUGCGUAGACGGAACUAUGUGGUCGAUGUGUACUCCCCCAACGGACCAUCCGUACCAAGCCAUUGCUUACUAGUUUUACUCAGUUAUUCUCACCUGUUAUUCUCAUUUUUUUUCAUCUUGGAUGCUUUAAUUUUUUCUGUAAUUUCGAACUGCCUUUCAUCAGGUGCCCUUGUUGUGACUUUUUAUGACUGUAUAACUGAUACGCCAUGUACCACACAGAGACCCUGGUAGCACAGCUCAACAUGGCACACAACCACGAUCGUCGAUGUGUAUAACCACACUUGUACUUCAUAAUACUGCUUGUGGUUACUAUAUGAAUCAAAGAUCUGCGUUCUUCUAA